AUGGAUAUGCAGCACAAUCAGGCUGUAGUGAUGCUUGAAAUAGGUGUCAAGAGUGUGUUUCUUGAUGUUUUACAUAUGGAAUUUCUCAAACCUGUCUUGCCAUGUCAGUCCUUUUUAUUGAAUGUGGAGGUAGCUCGAAACAAUUUGAAUAAAGAGCCUUCAUUAAGAAGUGUCCUCUCAGAUCCCAUAUCUGGUGCUUUCCUUGAAGAUGCUGUGGUUAUUUCAUGUGGACAUUCAUUUGGUGGUCUCAUGCUAAGAAGGGUCAUCGAAAUGUCGAGAUGUACUCUCUGCAGUGCUGAAGUUGAGACUGGCUCUUUGAUCCCUAAUCUUGCUCUCAGAGCUGCUGCUGCAGCCGUGAAGCAUGAGGAUGACAAAAGGCUAUUCCAUAAUGCAGCUCUUCGUAAGCGUCGGAAAGAAAUGGGUGAUCAAGUAGAUCCUACAAGAAGACCAAACAGGGAAAAUGGAGAAAUUGCUACUGAUGAUGGACUCAAUAAGGGUGUGCAGUAUCCCUUUUCUGUUAAUGAGAAGGUGAUAAUAAUGGGAAACCGAAGAACACCAGUGAAGUUUGUUGGCAAAGAAGCAGUCAUCACAUCUCAAUGUCUCAAUGGCUGGUAUCUGCUUAAAAUCAUUGAAAGUGGUGAGAAUGUUCGCUUGCAAUAUCGUUCUCUUAGGAAGAUCUUGAACGCAAACUCUAUCGAAGACAGAGGUGCCUUACAGCCAAUCCAGGAUAGUAGCUCAUAAUUGAAAGUCGUUUUUGCAAUAUUAACAAUUUCAUCUCCGCAGGUCACCAAUAGUAAUAUAACUAUCUCCUGCAGCUUUAGUCCAGAAAUUCUGAUAUGCAUUGUAAGUUGAUGUCUUUGAAGGCUAUCUAUUAGCCAGAAGUAGAGGUAGGCUCCUAGAACCCCUAGGUUUUGUUAAAAAGCUUGUAAAGGAAAAGGAAAGACGGCCCAAGAUAAUAGGGCUCUUGUUCUGAUUAAAAUGACAAGUUUUGGAUGAUUCUUGUUAAUCAUAUAUAGUUUUUCCUCAUAGAUAUAUGUAACGUAGUGCCGCUUUUGUAAA